AUGGUGUCUACACGCCGCUCGAAGGGAUCGCCCCCUGCCCUACUAGCACAAGAUUCCGAUCUAUAUGGUGGUGUCUUGUCGCAACAGUCUGACAUCUUCCCCAGCGCAUUAUCGCAAUCUUACGCCGAUUCACAACCGCUCUUCCAGUCACAAUCUUCUCCUCGAAACAGAAAGCGACGUAGAUCUCCUCGUCAAAAUGGAUCCCAAUCACCAACUUCAGGUGCCGAUAGCCCCAAAUCGGACUCUUCAGCGCGUGAGAAGAUGAGGAAAACAAGGAUAGAAGAAUCUGAACACAUCCCGAAAUCCAGCCAGGAAAACACAGACGAGAUGGUAGAUGUGCAGGCCGGCGAGGUUUCUCCUGGGGGCAACCGCCGCAAGAGGCCGCAUGACGAAAUCGCAUCUACCGUUAAAGAUGCCAAAACCCCAGCUUCUGAAGCUGAAAACCGUUCGCCGAGUCGGGCUGCCAAUGGGGAGCCUUUGGGAAAGAAACUCAGGGAGACUCCUUCGCCUCCCCGAGAUGUUGACAACACCUGUAUGUUCGCACCCAUCCCAGAAGAUGCACAAGCUGCUGCUACUAGCAAAUGCUCUGCAUCCCUGCCCGAGGAACCGAAGAAUGUUUUUUUGCUUUCUAUCACGCCAGAGGAAACAAAUAAGGAAUCAUCAUCUGAUGCACCAACCCACCCUCUUACCCCCGAUAGCGGUAGCCAUUCCAACAAUGAUUGCCGCGAUGGGCCCUUAUUUCUCAAACCAAGAGAUCCAAAAACCUCCAUGGCCAAUCACCAUGUUGCCAAUCACCAUGUUGAAGCUCUGCAAGACCCAAACAGUAAAUUCCAUGACGGAUCAAAGUUGACAAAGGAGCAUAUAGCCGCGGAAAAUGAUGUUGCGAAGAAUGGUGAUUUGAAGCCGGCGGCCCAGAAGGAGGAACUAAAGAUUCAACCGGGUAGCGGUUUCUCGAAUACUUCCGCCGUAUCGCCUUUUGGGUCGCUCGGUACUAAGGCCCCAGAGAACUCCUCCACGGAUGCGCAUAGUGGUCCCCAAUCUGGAUUUGCUACAUCCAAGUUUAGCGCAUUUGCUAGUUCGACUUCGGCUUUCGGCGUAAACCCGUCUCCUCUAGCUGGUUCUUCUCCAUUUGCAGGGCCGCCCACGGGCCCAGACAAUGUAUUCAGCAAAAUGUCAUCCGCUUCCACCCAGUCUGCGUUCCCAGGCCCUCCUCCUAGCGGCGCCAAUGUUUUCGCAAAAAUGUCUGGCAAUAUCGGGGGGUCUGGCUUCGGUAGCUCUGGCUUCGGUAGUUCCGGUUUUGGUGCGGCAAUGUCUCCAUUCUCUUCCAGCGGAAGUAUUUUUGGCAAUCCACUAUCCGCGAAACCUCUCCCAAAAGCCCAGCCUCUAGAAGGGAUCAAGGGCCUUGAUAAGCCUGAAGUGGAAGACCAAGAUUCAGAGAAUGAGGACACUGAUGGGGAAGAUACUACUGAGCUAGCCGCAAGUGGUGAAGGCGAAAGUUCAAAGAAUCCCCAAUUUACCUCGAAGGUCGCCAUUAAGAGUGGGGAAGAGGACUACGACAUGGUUUUCCAAGCACGAGCAAAGCUAUUUGAACUUGGUGGUGGUGCGUGGAAAGAACGCGGUAUUGGAAAUAUCAGAGUGCUGGUCCCUAAACCCGAGGAAGAGUUCGAAGAACCAGAGGCAAGUUAUAAAAAUUUCGGCGCUUCGAAGAGACCAACGGUUGGUCGAAUAGUCAUGCGACAGGAAGGUGUUGGACGAUUGAUCCUCAACACUAGCAUGUUCAGGAACAUGCUUCCCGAUGGGAGGACCCCAGCGGAGAACACAAUCAGACUCUUGGCCGUAAAUACUGUCCCCCUAGUCGAAGCACAGGAUGAACCCGAAAACAAGAAAGACCCCGACGACACUCAGCCUAGAGACACUGAAGAAGAAGGAGAAGAAGAAGAAGAAGAAAACGGCAUCGCUGACAAAAAGGACGAACCACAACAUUCCCCUGAUGCGAAGCCCGUCCUAAAGACCUACCUCUUAAGAUUCAAAGGUGGUGACCUUGCAAAAACUUUCAAGGAACAUGUUUCCGAAAACCUGCCUGAAUAG